GGGGGUGGCAGCGUGUCCCACCCCCUCCUCCGGCUCCCCCCCGCACCCCGACACCCCUCGGUGCUGCCGGGGCUCCCCAAAAUGAGGGGCGGGGGGGGCUGUUACAUAAACACCGCGGGAUCCAUUUCCCUGUGCCUCGUGAAGCCGCGGUGCGACGUUGAUGGGCUGCGGGGACGGAGGCUCUCCCUACUAUGACAACGUGCGUCCCCUGUGCUACAGCGACUCGGACGCCGUCCUGCUCUGCUUCGACGUCAGCCGCCCCGAGACCCUCGACAGCGCAGCCAAGAAGGUGGGGAGGGGGCUCAGGCCCCAGGACAGUGUCCCUGUGAGGUUUGGGGGGCUCCAGGAGGCGGGGACACUGAUGCAGGGGGAUCCCUGUGAGGUUUAGGGGGCUCAGAAACAC